AUGAACGUAGUGCACGAUGGUGCAAAUGUUCCAAAGACCUCUGAACAUCCUAAUACCUUUAGCGACUAUGUUAAAUUCCUCAAAAACCAAGUACAUUCUCCGAGUGCAAUUACACCAUCACUUCCUUCAACCCAAGCAAAAGUUCGGAUUCAGUGCCAGGUUCGAGCCAGAAUCCCAACAAAUGAAGGCGGGGAGAUGUUCUUGUACCUUUACAAAAAUAAUCUCGAUACUAAGGAACAUCUGGCUAUUGUGUACGGUGAUGACAUUCGCUCGAAAUCCUUAGACCAGGCGUGGGAGAACGAAACAAUAAUGAACCGAAUCGUACGCGGUGCAUUCUAUGGGCGCCUUGAGGAAGUCGUUACAGACGAGUUUGCAUACUUGGAAAAACAGCAAGCAGAAGCCAAGAAAAUCUGGUCAGCAUCGACAGAACCCCCCCUUGUUCGAAUUCAUUCAGAGUGUUUUACAGGCGAGACUGUUCAUUCUGCUAGGUGUGAUUGUGGAGAACAAUUGGAUGAGGCUAUGCGACUGAUGCAGGUUGCAGGACGUGGAGUAAUCGUGUAUUUGAGACAGGAAGGUCGUGGUAUUGGUUUAUUGGAAAAGUUAAAAGCUUAUAACUUGCAAGAUCUGGGUCACGAUACUGUAGCUGCGAAUGUUCUUUUGAAUCAUCCUGCAGAUGGACGCACAUACGGUAUUGCAAAUGCAAUCCUAGAAGACCUCCAACUCAAAAAAGUCCGGCUUUUGACGAAUAAUCCGGAUAAGAUCCAACAAUUGGAAUCAUUUGGAUCAGUGAAUGUUGUAGAACGUCGGGGUAUGGUACCUCAAUCCUGUUCACCGAAGAAAGAAUUAGAUAGAUAUUUAGCAGUAAAGGUCAAAAAGAUGGGGCACAUUCUUGAUCUUCCUGAUCGUCUUUAG